UAUAAGCAUCUAUGUGUAAGCAUUUCCAGGUCUAGUAGUUGGAAGUGCUUGUUCACUAGAAUGAGGAAGUUAACUGCUAAGCAUACUUUCUUUAAUCCCUUAUAUACAGCAUUUUAUACUCACAAAAAUACAUUGGAUUUGGCUCUCUAUAUUGAUGUGUGUUGCCGGAAUAAAAGACAAGUUAAAGUUGAAACCAAAGCUCUUAAGCCGAAAGUUCCUCUGGUUUUGCAAUCUUUUCUUGGUUUGAGUAAAUUCUUAAGCUGAAAGUUCCCCUAGUUUUACAUUCUUUUCUUGGUGUGUUGUGGAACGAGAGAAAAGAGUGAAAAAUAGUUUAAUCUAGUAAACUGAUUUCUUAUUCAUAUACUAUUUUAAUUGGCAGAUGAAAUAUUCCCACGCAUGGAAUCUAGGAAGAGUAAUACAUUUAUCACUUGACCAAGAUUCGUAGGCUUCAGCUUGUUCACAUCUAUGAAUAGACCAUAAAUUGAUUUAUCACAGCCGGCAAUGGCAGCGACAGAUAAAAUUGAGAAAGUGCAGCCUCUCUUAGUCCGAUUGGAGAAGAACAAAAAUGACUACUUUCCGCAGGCGGUCUCCUUCGGUCCGUACCACCACGGCGAACCGGCACUCGCUUUCGUGGAGGCGUUCAAGCCGAAGGCCGUCGAGUUGUUCGUAUCAGGCGGCCCAGAAAGAUACGACGAGUCGUCGUUCUACCUCGACAAAAUUGCUGACAUCAUCGAUGAAAUACGAGAGUGCUACGAAGAAACCACGAUGCGUGACUACUCGGACGAUGAGCUAGCCGCAAUGAUGCUUCGCGACGCCUCGUUGAUGAUAAUCUUCAUGGAGAGUGCAACAGGGGGAGCGCAGAUGAUGGGCAAGAUUUUGAAUCACCUUGGCAUGUUGACGUUGGCGAUUUUGUGGCGUGACUUGGUUUUGCUUCAGAAUCAGAUCCCUUUAGUGGUGGUGGAGGUUUUGAUGGAUUUAAGAUACGGCAAAGGCAAACGCGAAUACGAAAACUUGCUUCACAGAUACGUGAAUAUGGUCAACUUUGGAGAUUAUAAUCGCCAGCAAAGACUACUGUCUAGGAAGCCUCUGCAUCUCGUCGAAGCCAUCCACAUGCUACUCGUCUUUGACUGUAAAGAUCAGAGCCCAACUUGCUGCAAAUUGCUGUGCUGCCCCAGAGCUGAUCAUGAUCUAGAAAGAGGUGGUGCAGAAGCUACUCAUUCUCAUGGUAUAAUCCAUCGUCUUCUAAAGUCUUUGGCUUCCAAGAACCAAGGAGCUGCUGCAGCGAAGAAAGACAAGUUCAAAAACUUGAAAAGCAUGUUCCAUUCGUUUCGGUCGGUGACAGAGCUCAAGGCAAAGGGCAUCCAUUUCAAGCCAAGCCCAACCCAAUCUCUGAUGGAUGUCAGCUUCAAAUCCAACUUCUUCUACGGCAGCCUCCAACUCCCCGAGUGGGUCGUCACCACCAAAACUAAGGUCAUCUUCACGAACUUGAUCGCCUACGAACUCAGCCCCAACAGCCGGACCAACUUGGAGGUCGUAUCGUACAUCAGCUUCAUGAAGUCGCUCAUGGAGAGGCCGGAAGACGUGAAGGAGCUGCGAGAGAAGAGAAUCUUCAUCAACUUGCUCGGCACCGACCAAGAGGUUUUCAACACCUACAAGGAUAUCGAUACACACGGGGUCUCUAAUCCGAUUCUUUUCAAUGCAGUGAAAGAUAACAUCCAAGCACAUUAUAAUAGCAGUGUCAAGACAUGGAUGGCUGAGCUCAUCCACACUAAUUUUCGAUCUCCCUGGACCAUGACCGCGUUUCUCGCUGCCGUCACAUUACUUGCCAUUUCUGCCGCUCAGCUCUACUACGCCGUGCAUCCUCCAACUGAAGAUUGAUCACCACAUACCCAUCUGUUUCAACUGUAUGUACCAAUAGUAAAAAUCAAAUAUUGGCUUUGGCCCACAAC